CAGCGACCACAGUCUCGCCUUUCUUGCCUUUGAUUGUGACAGGCACAAUCUCCUCCUUGAAUAAUCCAUUCUUCCAAGCAUCUUGUGCUCUUUUGAAGCUCUGAAUCGCAUAUGCAUCCUGCUCCUCUCUACUGAUGUCGUACUUCUUCGCCGUGCUUUCGGCGCAGUUGCCCAUGUGUAUCUUGUUGUACACAUCCCAAAGUCCAUCCUUGAUGAGUCCGUCUUCAGCCGUGAUGUUUCCGAAAGCAGGUAGUUGCGGUCCGCGAGGAGUAUAAUAUGGCACCCGACUCAUGUUCUCCAUUCCACCUGCUACCAGCGCCUGCUCUUGUCCCAGCUCUACCUGUUGUGCCGCGAUUGCUACAGCUUUCAUUCCGCUCGCGCAUACUUUGUUUAUCGUCGUCGCUUCAACUGAGGCAUCUAAUCCGGCAAAGAUUGUGGCUUGACGAGCUGGUGCUUGACCCACAGAAGCUUGCAUCACGUUUCCCAUGUACACAUGUGUGAAUUUGUCCUUUGGCACUUCGCUCCGUUUUAUUGCUUCACGGAUAGCCGUGGCGCCGAGUUCUGGUGCUGAUACAGAAGAAAAGGAGCCAUUGAAGACCGCACAGGGCGUCCGUACGGCAGAAACGAUAUAUGCAUCCUGGAUUUCUUUCGGUCGACGAGUGGAGCUUGAGAAAUGUCUCUGUACCUGCUGUAAUCUUUGAGAUGGUGCUGAGGGCGACAUUUUGCUGGAUGUGGCCAAGGUACGGCGGAGGAUGGCGGAGGAUGACAUGCACCUUGGCAAGAGAUGGUAUGUGAAAGUUCGAUGGUACACGACGUACAGCUUAGCUACGGCUCAAGGAAUCAAGACUGCAUUGGCCGAGGUAGCGACUGAUUGGACAGUGCCUCAGACUGGACCACUUCCCAUCAUGUUGAGACUCUCGAGAACUGUUGCUAAGAUCUGGUUACUGUCGCCAUGCGAAGCAUUCCAAUCAACUAGAUACGAUGGAAAGUCGUCGAGGUUGAGUCCUUCCGCUGCGAUUUCAUGGCUUCGCCCAUUGAGAAACAGAUGGAGGCGAUUGUCCAAAGAUUUUAGUGUACCACUCUUCUGGGCUGCAGCCACCAAAGUUUGCUGA